AUGGUCAUGCCAAAUCCAUCUAGUAAAUAUGCUUUUCCAUCCUUCCUUCACAGCCACCUGCUCCAAGUUUUUCCCCUCCAAUUCCAGAUCAAUCCCCAAUCAAAACCUAGCCUUCCUCCUUCCUCUAGCCGCCGCCGUUUUCUCUCUUCCACCUCUGUCCCAUCAUCAUCAAGAACUAACUCCGGGAACAAUUUCAGCUUCAUCAGUAACACCAAGAAAACCGCCGGAGAUCGCUGUAUUCGUCCCCGUUGUUGGCUGCCUCGUCGCGUCCGAGCGCGGCGAUGGAACAGCCAUGGUGCCCUCGUCCUCCUCGCUGAAGGUCCGGAGCGGGAGCUGCCCCAGAACGUCUUCGCCGUCCUCGUCGUCACCAAGCGCCGCCACGAUCGUCGUCGCGUCGUCUGCUCCCUCAACAUCCGCUGCCUCGAUCUUCUUCGACUCGUUUGCGAGCGCGCUUCAUCAGUAACACCAAGAAAACCGCCGGAGAUCGCUGUAUUCGUCCCCGUUGUUGGCUGCCUCGUCGCGUCCGAGCGCGGCGAUGGAACAGCCAUGGUGCCCUCGUCCUCCUCGCUGAAGGUCCGGAGCGGGAGCUGCCCCAGAACGUCUUCGCCGUCCUCGUCGUCACCAAGCGCCGCCACGAUCGUCGUCGCGUCGUCUGCUCCCUCAACAUCCGCUGCCUCGAUCUUCUUCGACUCGUUUGCGAGCGCGCAUUUGCUUCUUCCCGGAUAGGAUCACGAAGUGGUGUGGUGAGAUACGACAAGUUCUCCGGAUGUCCCUCA